AGCUGAUCCUCUACCCAACACUCAGCCUCUGAAACAGCUUCCUUCUAGAACAACAUUAGCAACUCUCUUCUCCGUUUGACUAGUAUGCAAUCAAGGACAGAUACGGACGCUCUUACCACCUCGCAGCCUCUAGGCUUCCUUCUGCCCUAGUCAUGGCUCCGGCCGUCGAAAUAUCCAUUCCAACAACUACCCUCUCCACGACCCCGAGCCCUUACACCAUCUAUAACAUCUCCAUUAGACUCCCAUUAUGUACAUUUACUGUCCAGAAGCGCUAUUCAGAAUUUCUUGCCUUCCAUGCCUCAUUAUCAAGCCAAGUAACCGCCCCCCCGCCCGCUCCUCUACCUGGAAAAUCCUGGUUCACGAACACGAACUCCAACCCAGUAUAUCGAGAGAAGCGCAGGGAGGGACUGGAAGCGUAUCUACGUGCCAUCAACGAGGCAGAAGACCCGCAAUGGCGUAAUUCAAGCGCUUGGCGUGCAUUUCUCAAUCUGCCCAGCGCUGCUCGGAGCAACGGCUCCUCUCGUGCCUCAUCACAUUUACAUGCUGCGGUCAUGACACCAGGAGCCGGCGGCAAUGCAGGCCCUAUCACAGACCCGGUUACCUGGCUCGAUUGCUACCGCGAUGUAAAGUCACAACUCCACGAUGCUAGACUCUAUCUCACACGUCGCGAUCAGGCUGCCACUCCUCAGAAACAACACGAGUGCUCUGCGCAGGCGAAGAGCAGCCUUGUUCGAGUGGGGACGUUGCUGACUGGCUUGGAUGACGGGUUGAAGAAUUUGGGUAACAGAUCUACGUGGGGGGGUGAUAAGCUGGGUAGCGGUGAGUUGAGGCGAAGGAAGGACCUGCUCUCCAGUGCUCGGAAGGAAAGAGAUGGAUUAGAAAAUUUAUUGAAUUCCAUGUCCGCCAAGGCGAAGUUGGACAAUGCCGUUGCAUCGGUGCAGGAUAAGGAAGCUCUUGUCGGAGCGUCAAAACCCCGACCGGGCCGGGUAUUGGGCAAAGAGACGGAUCAGACGAGGGAGCUAGAUAACCAGGGCGUCUUGCAGUUGCAGAAGCAGAUCAUGGAGAACCAGGAUGUGAGCUUGGAGGAUCUACGGAAGGUUCUAGCGCGCCAGAUGGAAUUGGGAGUUGCGAUUAAUAGUGAGUUAGAGAUUCAGAAUGAGAUGCUUCAGAUGGUGGAUGAGGAUGCGGACAGAGUAAACCGCAAGGUCGAAAUUGGGAAAAAGAGAGUUGGAAAGAUAUCCUAGAUUGUCUUACAGUUGCAUCCUGAAAUAUCCUUGCAUACUUUUUCACGAGAGCAAUCGAUUUAGCCAGGCACUAUGAAUUACGUUAAAUGGCGUUUAUUUUGACAGUUUACCGUUAUUUCCCCCAGGGUUUUUGGAUUAUAUAUAAUCAGUGCCAUGUUACAAUAUUAUUAAACAGGUUCAUUU